UUUAAAUUCUUUAAUAAAAAUAAUGUCUGAAUUUUAUGCUGUAAUCCUAGCAGAUUGUUUUGAUGAUAAAUUUGAUCAUCUCACAAACACAAUUCCAAAAGUAAAAAAAUACUUAAAUUAAGAGUUUAUUUCCGUUCGUAGAUGAUUUAAUAAUAGAACAUCAAAUUAAUUGGUUAUAAAAAAAUGAAAUCGAUAAAAUUAUUGUGCUUUAUAGAAAUUAAAAGAUUGUUGAAUAUUUUAAUAACAGAAAGAGACCAGGAAGAAAAACAUUAGAAAUUUAAUUAAUAGAUAUUUUAAAUAGUAGGAAUCUUGGUGAUGCUUUAAGAGAGUUAUAAAGUCAUCUAAUUAUUCAAUAAGAUUUUUUAUUAUUGUUUGGUGAUGUAAUAACAAAUAUUUCUUUAAAAGAAGUAACCAAUAAAUAUCAUGAAUAAAGAAAACAAGAUAAAAUGAACAUUUUAUUAAUGGUUGUUCAUUAAGGAGUAUAAUAAUAUGAAGAAGAAAGAUUUCUUUAUGUAGUAGAAAAGGAUGAUAAACUUUAUUAAUUAGCAGAUCUAUAAUAAAAUUAAUUUGAAUUAAAUAAAAGUAUUAUAUUAUAUAAUUAUUAAGAACAUAUUACAUUAACUAAAGGAAUGCCAUGUAAUUAUGUGAUUAAAAGUAAUCUAAUUGAAUCUGGAAUUUAUAUAUGUAAUAGAGAUGUUCUUAAGAGUUUCUAAGAAUAUUUUAUGUUUGCAGAAAUUAAAUAAGAUUUUAUUAAAUAUAUGACUUCAACUAGUGAUAUUUAAGAAGAGAAAAUUCAUUUAUAUAUAGCUCCAAAAAUUCAAGUCUCUUAAAGAAUAUUUCAUAUAUAAUCAUACCAUAAUGCAUGCCUUAAAUAUUUAAGUAGAUUCUUUUUUCCUUAUUGUCCAUCAUAAAAAUACUAUAUUGAUUUUUUUAAAUAUUUUGCUGGUAAAGUAGAUUAGAGGUCUAAAGUAAGUGAUUAGAGUUAUAUUGGAUAAAAUACAGAAGUAAAAUCAAAAACAAUUAUAACAAAAUCAAUAAUUGGAAAGAAUUGUAAAAUAGGAGUUGGAUGUGAAAUAGUUAAUUCUAUUUUAUGGGAUAAUAUUUAAAUUGAAAAUAAUAUUAUAAUUAAAGAUAGUAUUAUUACUUCAGGAUGUAUUAUCAAAAAUUCAAUUUAAUCUUAAAUUGUAUCAACUGAUAAAUCAACCAAUUAUUAACAAUUAAUAACCCCUUCAAAAUAUGAUGUAGAUCCUUUUGAGUUCUAAGGUUCAUAAGAUGAUUCAUUUGAGAGUUCGGGUUCAAAUCAAGAUUCUGAUAAACUAGGAUCAUAACCAAAAAAAUAAAAUUUUUAUUAAGAUUUGAUAGAUGAUAUGAUUUCUAUUGUAGCUAAAUGUUCUACUAUUAGUUAAGUUAAAGAAGCUAUUAUUAAUGUAGAUACUAUUAAAGUUAAUUCUAAUAUCCCUUUUGAAAAUAUUGUAACAGCAUUUAUGUAAGCAUUUUUUAAAAUACUUUAACCAAAUGUCGAUUCUCUAAAAAAUGCAUAUGAAUUAUGGUAAGAAUUUAUUAACAGAUUUGUAAGUGAAACUGAAGUUGCAUCAUAUAUUAAAUCUAUUGAAACAUUUUGUAGAUAAAAUUAAGAAUAUCAUUUAAAUUAAUUUUUACAAUUGUCAUAUCAACAUUCAAUAUUGAAUGAAUAAGUAAUUCUUAAUUAUUUGGAUUAAAUUAAAUAAGCUGAAAAUGAUUAAUUUGCAUAAGAAUUCACAGAAACCAGUUCAAAAUUUAAAAAUUAUUUAGAAAAUAUUAUUGCAGAAUAAUGUUUAACUCAAGCAGAAAAUUAAGAUGGAGAGUAUGAGUAUGAAUAUGUAUAUGAAUGAUAUGUCCAUAAAUAAAUAAUCA